AUGGACUUACAUAGCAGUAAAAUAAUUGAUUUUAAUUUAGUCCAAAAAGGUAUGGGUUCUGGGGAUUUGGAGCGAAAAGCUUGCGAAUCGUUAAUCGUUAAAUUAAUUGAAGAAGAAAAUUGUAAUAUAGAACUAUUUCUAACGGAUCGACAUAGAGGUAUUCGAUAUUUUUUACGUACAAAAUAUCCUCAAAUUGAACAUGAAUUUGAUGUAUGGCAUUUGUCUAAGAGUUUGUCGAAAAGAUUGAAAGGACUUGACAAAAAAUAUCCAGAUGCAUAUUUAUGGAAAACGAGCAUAAAUAACCAUUUAUGGUGGUCCUCUCAAACUUGUAACGGUGACAGAUCAUUACUCGUUGAAAAAUUCACUUCAGUUCUUAACCACAUUAGUAAUGUGCACGAAUGGGAAGAUAAUGGCAAAACAAAAAAAUGUGAACACGAAAAGUUAAACGAUGAAGACUUAAAAAAAAAGCUUUGGAUAUAUCCUAAUAGUGAGUCUUACUUUGCGUUAAAAAAAAAUUAUUAUGGCUAA